AUGAGAUUGAUAGAGUUUGCCUUUGGUCUGCUACUACUACUGCUGGGCUUUAGCGUGACAAGUCGCGUCCAGGUGGCACAAGCAGUCGAUGCAUGCAGCGUGUGCAGUUGCUCGGGAACGGUUGUCAAUUGUUACGGCAAAUCGCUGACAGCCAUUCCGAGCGGAAUCCCAACCGCCACCACCGACCUGACUCUCUGGAACAACCUGAUCACCAGCAUUCCCGCAGGCUCAUUCGCUGGCCUGACUGCAUUGACUUUCUUGCGAAUCGAUAGCAACCAGCUCACCAGUCUUUCGGCAAACACAUUCACAGGCCUGAGCGCGCUGACACAAUUGGCUCUGAACAACAACGGGAUUACGAGCAUUCCAGCCUCUGCAUUCUCAGGGCUGACUGCGCUGCAUAACUUAUAUCUGAAUGACAACGUGAUUACCAGUAUUUCUGCAGAUGCGUUCACAAACCUGACUGCACUGAAUUACCUUGUUAUGCAUAACAACCAAAUCACCAGCCUUCCCGCCUCUGCAUUCGCAAACCAAACCGCGCUGACACAAUUGUUUCUGUUCAACAACUCGAUCACCAGCAUUUCCGCAGACGCGUUCACAGGUUUAUCUGCGCUGGUGUACUUGGCUCUGUACAGCAACCGGAUCACCAGCAUUUCCGCAACCGCAUUCGCAAGCCUGACUACGUUGAACUACCUGUAUUUGCAUGCCAAUCAGAUCACCAGCAUUCCGGCCGGCGCAUUCACAAGCCUGACUGCGCUGAUUCUCUUGCCGUUGAAUGACAAUCCAUUCACCACGCUACCGCCCGGUUUGUUCAAGGGCUUGCCAAAUGGGUUGUAUUUGUCGUUUAAUUCGUCCCAAGUGUUCCGCCCGCUGAGCCCCAACAACUUUACUUUUGGUGGAAACACUAUCGCUCCGCCCAGCAUGUACGGCAAUGCAUCCGACCCAAACCAGUGUGAUACAGCCUGUGCCACCUGCUACGCCGCAGGGUCCGGGGCGUGUUGCGGGACCAAUUGUCUGACCUGCAUUUCAUCCGCUCGCUGCACUCAGUGCUAUGAAGGCUUCGGCUUGAUCGGUGGAUUAUGUUUUUCGCUCGCUUCCCUCGCUUCAGCUUCCAGCGCCUCGGUUGCCUCAGUCGCGUCCACGCAAUCAGCCUCGGCUGCCUCGAUUGCCACAACCAGAUCUGCAUCCAUCGCCUCCGUCGCUUCAGUCGCCUCCACGCAAUCUGCUUCUGCUGCUUCGGCUGCCUCGGCUGCCUCAACCGGCUCUGCUUCGAUUGCGUCUCUUGUUUCUGCUACUUCGGUCCUCUCGGCAUCCUUUGCGUCCGCCGCGACAGCAUCUUCAGCGUCCGUUGCAACUGCUGCAAGCGUCUCCUCGGCAACCGUCGCUUCUGAUGUUUCUGCUACCUCGGCAUCUGCAGCAUCUGUUGCGUCUGCUGUGUCAUCUGCAUCGGCGCUCUCGGCUUCUGUUGCGUCAACCGCAUCGGCUUCUGCAGCAUCUAUUGCAUCCUCCAUUGCACAACAUGGAGGUGGCGGCUCGCAAAACUCGUCUUCAUCUCCCGCAGCUGCCAUCGCUGCUGCUGUCGCGGCUGUUGCGGUUGUUGCCAUGCUUGCUUUGGGAUACUUCGGGCGACGCCACCAAUCGCAACGACGUGCCGGCAUGCGACAGAAGGACUCUGCAGGUCCUAUCUAUCAGGAGGCCAUUGCAAUGACAAUCUCACCUCUGAGCCAAUCGACUCGAGCUCAAAAGGAAGAGGACAUUGCAGCCUACGCGGUGGUCGGUCAAAAGCAGCUAGAACCGUUGUACCAGGCUAUCGCGACGAGCUCUACAGAGGUGGUCUACGAUUACGCAAGCGCGUACGUUGCCGGCAGCAAUUCUCGACGCAUUCGUGAGGGCUUGACGAUUGUGAAGCACCUUGCCAGCGGGAACUUUGGCGACGUGGCACUGGGUCAGGUGCCUUUCAACGUGUUGCCGCCAAGAGCACAAAAAUUGCUUGCGCCUGCAGCAUCUGAACCCGUGCAAGUUGCCGUCAAGUCUCUGAAGUCUGAUGCAGAUGAGAAAUCCCGCAAAGACUUUGAGAGCGAGGCGAAACUGAUGGCGCCGUUCGUGCAUCCGAAUGUCGUGCGUCUACUUGCGGCUCUCGUAGAGUCAGAGCCCCAUCUCGUCCUGCUCGAGUUUGUGCAGUACGGCGAUUUGCGCACGCUGCUGCAAAAGUCCAAGCUCCACUCGCUUUGGUGGACGCACAACGAGCAGAUCCAUGCCAUUCGCCAGAUUGCACUCGGCAUGGAGUAUCUGGGCACGCUGCACUUUGUGCACCGUGAUCUUGCCGCGCGCAAUUGUCUCGUGGGGCAAGGAAUGAUUGUCAAGAUUGCCGACUUUGGACUUUCUCGCGAAAUGGCCUCCGAGAACGACUACUACCGCAUGCAAACGCGUGGCAAGCUUCCCGUGAAGUGGAUGGCUCCCGAGACUAUGACCUUCCGAAAGUUUUCUUCAAAGUCCGAUGUGUGGUCGUUUGGCGUAACAGCCUGGGAAUGCUCCAGUCACGGCGCAAGGCCGUACGGUGAGAUGGACGGACGCGAUACUCUGGCUCAUGUCGAAGCUGGAGGUCGACUGCCCAUGCCGCAGACCUGCAUGCCCGAGCUCUACAACGUGAUGAUGAGCUGCUGGGACAUGUCGCCCGAGAACCGUCCGACCUUUGCUCAGCUUGUCCGCACCCUGACAGCGCUUCAAGAUGGGACGACGAUUCGCGAAAUCGGUGCCAUGCUUUCCGGCGUUUGUGUCCUUUUCUCUCUGAACACUGUUCAGCCGCCGUCGUCGCUUGGAUUCCGCGUUGCUGUGCCGCGUCGGCUCUGCGACGUCCAAACAAUUCUGCGUUUGAAUUCUGCAGCUCACAUGACUCCGUCCAACAGUCCAACCGAAGAGUCCAUCGUGGGUCACUUUCUGGUCCUCUUUGCACGAGUUCCGCCGUACUGCUGUACUAAGCCCCAGCUCCAAAACAACAGCCACUUUGAGGCCCACCUUCGAGCCUGUCUCAGCCACCACGGUGACUUCGAUGUGCUUGCGGUGGUGUUUGACGUGUAGAGUGCCUGUUGCUGCAUCGAGUGCGAAUCCGCGCGCCUUAUCAGGCUCAAAAUACAUGAUCAUUUAGCCGA